AGAACAAGAAAUCCAGGGCGGCGAAUCAGCUAGGGAUGAGGAAGGCAGCAGUGUGCCCACAGAUGUUAUCUCGUAUCUCUCAUCGAGCAACUUCACAUCGCUGCAAGAUUCCGUUUCAAAAGCAACAUUGCAAUCGAUCGCCGAGAUGGGCUUCGUCAAAAUGACUGAAAUACAAGCGAAAUGCAUCCCACCAUUACUUGAGAAACCGAAAAUUAAGAUGAGUGAUCAGUACAUGCCGUCACCUGGCCGUGACAUUCUGGCAUCAGCAAAAACAGGAAGUGGCAAAACAUUAGCAUUCCUUGUUCCUGCCGUUGAACUGCUCAAGCACCCCUCUUUGACACAUGGUUUAGUGAUGGGUGGUGCAAAUCGUCAAGCGGAGGCGCAGAAAUUGGCUCGGGGAAUUAGCUUCCUGGUUGCUACCCCAGGUCGCCUGCUUGACCAUCUACAGAACACCGAAGAUUUUAUGGUGAAGAAUCUGAAAUGUUUGAUUAUCGACGAAGCGGAUCGUAUAUUGGAUAUCGGCUUUGAAAUUGAAAUGCAACAAAUUCUUCGGGUCCUUCCAAAAAAACGACAGACGAUGUUUUUCUCAGCAACACAAACUGCCAAGGUUGAUGAACUUAUCAAAUCUUCGCUCCGUACGGAUGUCGUCCGAAUAGGUGUUGACAAAAAGCCUGCAGAAAAUGACGACGAACUAGCAACUGUUUCUGGUCUCCAACAGGGUUACGUUGUUUGUCCGUCGGAUAAGCGAUUUUUGUUGCUGUUCACUUUUCUGAAAAAGAAUCGCGAGAAAAAAGUUAUGGUAUUUUUCUCGUCAUGCAACUCGGUGAAGUAUCAUCACGAGCUGCUCAACUACAUUGAUAUCCCUGUGCAGUGCAUACAUGGUAAACAAAAGCAGCAAAAACGAACAUGCACAUUCUUUUCAUUUUGCCAAGCGAAAUCGGGCAUUCUGCUCUGCACAGAUGUAGCUGCUCGCGGUCUCGACAUACCACAGGUCGACUGGAUUGUGCAGUAUGAUCCACCAGAUGAGCCACGUGAAUACAUCCAUCGAGUUGGACGUACGGCACGUGGCAUUUCGGGAACCGGUCAUGCAUUGUUGAUUUUACGCCCCGAAGAGCUGGGAUUCCUUCGCUACCUAAAACAUGCCAAAGUUGUGUUGAACGAAUAUGAAUUUUCGUGGAGUAAAGUGGCCAAUAUACAACCGCAGUUGGAGAAACUCAUCGCCCAGAAUUAUUAUUUAAACAAAUCUGCU